UGCUGUGGCCUGCAGCUUACUGUCAACAAACUGUCGAAGUACCAGCCACAUUGAGGCCGGAUUUAAAACCCCACAAAGGAAGCAGCAUUAACGGCCAGUUCGUGAGUCCUAGUCACCCCAUCAGUUUAGUUGAAAGGCAUCCAGCAACUUCCUGCUGCAAGAAGGACCUCGGAUGUCCAAGCACAGACUGUUUCUGCUCAGGCAUGGAGAAGGUGCCUGGAACAAGGAGAACCGUUUCUGCAGCUGGGUGGACCAGAAGCUGAGUGAGGGUGGGGUGAAGGAGGCCCAGGACUGCGGCAAGCUCCUGAAGGAGCAGGGCUACAAAUUUGACUUGGUGUUCACCUCCAUCCUCAGCCGCUCCACCCACACAGCAUGGCUGGUGCUGGAGGCCCUGGGUCAGGAGUGGGUCCCCGUCAUCAAGUCCUGGAGACUGAACGAGCGCCACUACGGGGCCCUCAUUGGACUCAACAGGGCUGAGAUGGCUCUCGAGCACGGCGAGGAGAAGGUGAAGUUGUGGAGAAGGAGCUACGAUGUCACUCCACCUCCCAUGGAGGAGUCCCACCCUUAUUUCCAGGAGAUCUACAACGAUCGCAGAUACGCUACUUGCGAUGUGCCAAAGGAGAAACUUCCCCGAUCUGAGAGCCUGAAGGAUGUGUUGCACAGGCUGCUGCCAUACUGGGACAGCAAUGUCGUCCCAGAGAUAAAGAAGGGCAAGACUGUGCUCAUUUCUGCUCAUGGAAACAGCUGCAGGGCGCUGCUGAAACACCUGGAAGGCAUAUCAGAUGAGGACAUUGUCAGUGUGACUUUACCUACUGGGAUACCCAUUCUGCUUGAACUGGAUGAAAACCUCCGACCUGUGAAACCUCGACAGCUGCUUGGAGACCAGGCGAAGAUUCAGGCAGCCAUUAAAAAAGUGGAGGACCAGGGAAAAGUAAAACCAUCAACUUGAACACAUCAGCCUGAUGGAUCAUAAGGCUCAAAACAGCACUGUUGUUGUUGGUAUAUUGUGGUAAAAGCCAAACUCUUUAGCAGACUGGAAUAACUCAUUACAUAACAGUCAAGUUGCAUAUGUGUAUGACCAGGAUACAGUUUGAAUUUGUUACUGAGCAGACUAGUUACUCAAAAAAGGAAAAAGUUGUAUUGUAAAUGUUUCAGCAUGGUGCUGAAUUGUGUUUUUUGUAAGUGCUGAGGAAAACUCUCUGAAUUGACCUUGUUUCUGCCUGUGUGUAGAUCGCAAAAGGGGUUAUUUCUUUAUUUAUUUAUUUAUGCACUCACUCUCAAAGUUUACCUGUCUAAUUAGACGUAAAUUAAUGAAGGUAAUCAGCAUAAAAAUAGUUUAAUUGCUCUCCUUGCUAAAUGGAAUUUAAACAUGUGCCUUCGAAAUGAAUUCAGCCACUAUAGUGUGUAGCUAAAUGAAUGCCAAACACGUCUUUUAUUUAACAGUAAAAGCACUCACUAACAAGUCUUACCCCCAAAACAAAUUGAGAGCCAGGCUAUUCAUUCCAAGAAUUGGGCAACUGAAUGCCACAUAAAUGCUGUAUGAAACAACAUCUAUGUAUAAAUUACUCUGGUAUGCUGGUAUGUUGGUGUGGUCAGUGAGUCACCUGAAUAUGCUUCUUGGUGUGGUUUAUGGAUUGCAUCAAUUUUGACACGCUGUAGAUUAAUGUUAAAGCCCUGUGGCUCACAGUGGCUGAUAACAUAUUGGUGUGAUUGCUGUUCAACGCUUUGCACUGUUGGAUGUUAUUUAACAAGCGUUUUUGAAAAAAUGUGUUCCAUAUUACAUACCUAUGAAUAUUUAAUAUUUUUGCUAUAAUAAAUAUAAACAUUAAAGUGUUAAAUACAAGUAUUAUUUUAAUUUUCUAAAUUAUUACCAUUCAUGUGUCUGUGUCUUGUUCUUUUUUUUUAUAUAUAUUGUAGGUCAAAUAUUG